UGUGCGGGAGCCGCAGAGGAGAAACUUAAUCUCAGAGCCCAACAACACCUAGCAACAGUUGAAAAAACUUUGAAACAAAAGUCGGGGUGGGAGAUAGGCGGCUUCCAAUUCCUGCUGAUCCCGACUGUUGAAGGAGAAGCUGCAGCUACUCUGUGCCGUUUCCUGUAUGACUUCAGCUACUGGCUAGUCCCAGCAGAGUGGGAAAAGCGUUUUCCCAAGUCUUCUUUUGGCUGGCUAGUUUUCCGGGACCCACUCUUGGGCUGUGGGACAAACCACUGGGUUCGUCAAGGGAUAAGCCCUCCGAGAAAGGAUACUUCUUUGGUUAAAGGAGCCGCGAGCAGGUGGGAAUGAGGUCACGAAACCAAGGCGGAGAAAGUCCGUCUAACGGGCACAUCUCCUGCUCCAAGUCCCCCAUCAUCAACAAUGCUGGUGACAAAGGCCCCUCAGAAGAGGCAAAAAAGAACAAGGCAAAUCGGAAGGAAGAUGAUGUCAUGGCCUCGGGAACUGUCAAACGGCACCUCAAACCAUCUGGAGAAAGUGAGAAAAAGACUAAGAAGUCUCUGGAGUUAUCCAAGGAGGAUCUCAUCCAGCUCCUGAGCAUAAUGGAAGGGGAGCUACAGGCUAGAGAAGAUGUGAUCCACAUGCUGAAGACAGAGAAAACCAAGCCUGAGGUCCUAGAGGCACAUUACGGAUCUGCAGAGCCAGAGAAAGUGCUUCGGGUCCUGCACAGAGACGCCAUCCUCGCUCAAGAGAAGUCCGUAGGCGAAGACGUCUAUGAGAAACCCAUCUCAGAGCUGGACAGACUGGAGGAGAAGCAGAGGGAAACAUACCGCCGCAUGCUGGAGCAGCUGCUGCUAGCGGAGAAGUGUCACAGGCGCACGGUGUAUGAGUUGGAGAACGAGAAGCACAAGCACACUGACUACAUGAACAAGAGCGACGACUUCACCAACCUGCUGGAGCAGGAGCGAGAGAGGUUGAAAAAGCUCCUUGAACAAGAAAAGGCUUACCAAGCCCGCAAAGAAAAAGAAAAUGCUAAGCGGCUCAACAAACUGCGAGACGAGCUGGUGAAACUGAAGUCCUUCGCGCUGAUGCUGGUGGACGAGAGGCAGAUGCACAUUGAGCAGCUGGGCCUGCAGAGUCAGAAAGUCCAGGACCUCACUCAGAAGCUGAGGGAGGAGGAAGAGAAGCUCAAAGCCAUCACCUACAAAUCCAAAGAGGACCGCCAGAAGCUGCUCAAGUUAGAAGUGGACUUUGAACACAAGGCCUCGAGGUUUUCCCAGGAGCACGAGGAGAUGAAUGCCAAACUGGCUAACCAAGAGUCUCACAACAGACAACUCCGCCUCAAGCUGGUGGGCUUAUCGCAAAGGAUUGAGGAGCUGGAAGAGACCAAUAAAAAUCUUCAGAAGGCAGAGGAAGAGCUCCAGGAGCUGAGGGAUAAAAUUGCCAAAGGGGAAUGUGGGAACUCCAGCCUCAUGGCCGAAGUGGAAAGCCUGCGGAAGCGUGUGCUUGAGAUGGAAGGCAAGGACGAGGAGAUCACAAAGACGGAGGCCCAGUGCAGGGAGCUGAAGAAGAAGCUCCAGGAGGAGGAGCAUCACAGCAAGGAGCUCCGCCUGGAAGUGGAGAAGCUGCAGAAGAGGAUGUCUGAACUGGAGAAGCUGGAGGAAGCCUUCAGCAGGAGUAAGUCGGAAUGUACCCAGCUCCAUCUCAACCUGGAGAAAGAGAAGAACCUCACCAAAGACCUGCUGAACGAGCUGGAGGUGGUCAAGAGUCGAGUGAAGGAACUGGAGUGCUCGGAAAGCAGGCUGGAGAAGGCUGAGCUAAGCCUCAAGGACGACCUCACGAAGCUGAAGUCCUUCACCGUGAUGCUGGUGGACGAGAGGAGGAACAUGAUGGAAAAAAUAAAGCAAGAAGAGAGAAAAGUGGACGGCUUGAACAAAAACUUUAAGGUAGAGCAGGGAAAGGUGAUGGAUGUAACGGAAAAACUAAUUGAGGAAAGCAAGAAGCUUUUAAAACUCAAGUCGGAAAUGGAGGAAAAGGUGUCCACUCUGACAAAGGAGCGAGAUGAACUGAUGGGUAAGCUGAGAAGCGAAGAGGAGAAGUCCUGUGAGUUGAGCUGCAGUGUGGACUUGCUGAGGAAGCGGCUCGAUGGCAUCGAGGAGGUAGAAAGGGAAAUAAGCCGAGGUAGGUCGUGCAAGGGGUCCGAGUUCACCUGCCCGGAGGAUAACAAGAUCCGGGAACUAACGCUUGAAAUCGAGAGACUGAAGAAGCGUCUGCAGCAGUUGGAGGUGGUAGAAGGGGACUUGAUGAAGACAGAAGAUGAAUAUGACCAGUUGGAGCAGAAGUUCAGAACCGAGCAGGAUAAGGCAAACUUCCUCUCCCAGCAGCUAGAGGAAAUCAAGCACCAAAUGGCCAAGAACAAGGCGACAGAGAAAGGAGAGGCUGUGAGCCAGGAAGCCGAGCUGCGGCACAGGUUUCGGCUGGAGGAGGCUAAAAGUCGUGAUUUACAGGCUGAGGUGCAGGCUCUCAAGGAGAAGAUCCACGAACUGAUGAACAAAGAAGACCAGCUGUCUCAGCUCCAAGUCGACUACUCGGUCCUUCAGGAAAGAUUUAUGGAAGAAGAAAAUAAGAACAAGAACAUGGGACGGGAGGUUCUCAAUCUGACCAAAGAGUUGGAGCUCUCCAAGCGCUACAGCCGCGCUCUCAGGCCCAGCGGGAACGGCAGGAGGAUGGUGGACGUGCCGGUGGCCUCCACCGGAGUGCAGACCGAGGCGAUGUGCGGAGACGCUGCGGAGGAGGAGACCCCAGCUGUGUUCAUUCGCAAAUCCUUCCAGGAAGAAAACCACAUCAUGAGUAAUCUUCGACAGGUGGGCCUGAAGAAACCCAUGGAACGAUCCUCGGUCCUCGACAGGUAUCCCCCUGCAGCCAACGAGCUCACCAUGAGGAAGUCCUGGAUUCCUUGGAUGAGAAAAAGAGAAAACGGCCCCUCUACCCCACAGGAGAAAGGGCCUCGGUCGAACCCAGGGGCAGGGCACCCCGGGGAACUAGUCCUAGCACGAAAGCAGGGCCAGCCUCUGCACAUCCGUGUGACACCGGACCAUGAGAACAGCACUGCAACCCUGGAGAUCACAAGCCCCACGUCUGAAGAAUUUUUCUCUAGUACCACCGUCAUUCCUACCUUAGGCAAUCAGAAACCAAGGAUAACCAUUAUUCCAUCACCCAAUGUCAUGUCGCAAAAGCCCAAAAGUGCAGAUCCUACUCUCGGCCCAGAACGAUCCAUGUCCCCUGUCACAAUUACUACUAUUUCCAGAGAGAAGAGUCCGGAAGGUGGAAGGGGUGCGUUUGCAGACAGGCCCGCGUCUCCCAUCCAGAUUAUGACGGUGUCAACGUCUGCAGCCCCUCCUGAAAUCGCUGUCUCUCCUGAAUCCCAGGAAGUGCCGGUGGGAAGGACUAUCCUCAAAGUCACCCCAGAAAAACAAACUGUUCCAACCCCUGUGCGGAAGUACAACUCCAAUGCCAAUAUCAUCACCACGGAAGACAACAAAAUUCACAUUCACCUGGGUUCUCAGUUUAAACGAUCCCCGGGGCCUGCCGCUGAAGGCGGGAGUCCGGUUAUCACCGUCAGGCCUGUCAAUGUGACAGCAGAGAAGGAGGUUUCUACUGGCACAGUCCUUCGCUCUCCCAGGAACCACGUCUCUUCACGACCCGGUGCUAGCAAAGUGACCAGCAGUAUAACUAUAACUCCCGUCACAACGUCCUCCACCCGAGGAACCCAGUCGGUGUCAGGACAAGAUGGGUCAUCUCAGCGGCCUACACCCACCCGCAUUCCUAUGUCAAAAGAGAGCAUCAUCAUUCACCAGUUGCGAAUGAGCUCCCGAUGAGAUUGCCACGUAGCCCUCAGUCAUCACCAAGGCUCUCCAUGCUACUGACGCUGGCUGGAAACACCUUAUGACUUCCAGUGAUUUUUUUUUUUUUGAGGAUACAAUUUAUCAGUUAAAAACCACAUCCUGGAUGAUUAUGAACACAUGUAGCAAAAGCAAUUGAAUCUUUGUGCCAAAGGAAGUUUUCUUCUCUUUCAGAGCCUUCAGGCCUGUGGGUACAUGCUGUAUAAUUUAUUUUUAUAAUACAUUUUGUAAUGUGAUAUCUUUCCCUAAAUUGUUUCUUUUUCUCAUAGUCUAUGGCACAUAUAUCUGGAGAUUACACUGUCAGUUCUUCAAAGUAUUGCUAUUGUAUAUUCAAAAGGUUAACGUAUCAUUUUCUUUUUAGUACUUUGUUAUUUUUAAUGAAAAGAAAGCACAACACUCUGUUUCCCUGGGCGACUUUAAAGUAACACCUAGAAACAGUAGACUCGGAGUUUUACUAAUCAUGAGACAGUACAGUCCUGACUGUGGCUUAUCACUGAAAACAGUGUUCUGACUUAGGAGUCUGAGUACUUAAAAAACCAAUUUGUGUCUCCUCCUCUAUGUUCUGUGUGGGAAGCAAACAGCUUUGACUGGCAGUUCAAUUUUAUUUCUAUUUGCAUUAUUUAAUUAUGUGUACAAAACAGGGACUGUGACAUCAACUUGUUUCCCACAUAUUACUCCCACCCAUGAAAUCCUGCAAAUAAAAACUGACCUAGAAAAUGUCAACUUUUUAUUAAAAAGAGAUAGGGAGACCCAAAUGUAGAUAAUCAUUUCCCUUUGAUUUUGAUUGACUUUCAUAACUCAGUGUAGGUCUAAGAACAACUCCUCCUCUGCCUCCUCCUUCUCCUUCUGCUAUUCUUCUUGGUACAGGUCCUUGCUAUUUAUCCCUAGUUGGCCUAAACUUGGCUGUGUAGGCCAGGCUGGGUCUUGAACUCAAGGGAUCUGCCUGUCUGUGCCUCUCACAAGUGCUGGGACUAAAGAUGUGCCAUAAUACCCAGCUAAGAAUAUAGUUUUAAGGCAUUAAAAGCCCAAACUAUAUUACUCAAGUCUCAAUGUCAGAACUGCUGUUGAAUUUAGGUUUAUGUGAAAAUGUGAAGUCUACCUGAACCUCUAGGAAAAAAAAAAUACUGUCGAGGGGGUGGGAAUAUUUCCAACAAGAUUUUAAAAAUAACUUUAAAGAUAAGAGUUGACUCUUAAGUUUCUAAAUGCUACCUUAGUGUGACUGAAGAGCCAACGUUUCUUCUGAAAACUAUGAGGUAAGUAAAAUCACCCGGGUAAAGUGCUGUAGGCUUACCACUAUAGUCCACAAACUGUCCCCACGCCAGCCACAGGCUCUGGAAUGGGAAGCACAGUGCCACAGUUCUUCCCUCGUGUAACCUAGAAGGUAAUAUAAUCAAAUCAUAGUCAAUACACACUGCAAACUAAACAACUAUACUUUCUAAAAAUUAUUCUUGCUUUUUUAAAAAGUACGAUAAUGUGCUCUGUUUGGCUUACCUGAGCUUGAAUGACUAUGGAGGUCUCACAUAACCUUCUGUGGUUUUGAUUUCUGAUCCAGAAGCCUGGAGUACGCGUGUGUGAAGAUCUCUUAAAGAGUUGUUAAGUUUUAUUACAAUGCUAAAAUGUAAUGAUAUUUUCAAUCACAAAACAGUCUUUGUUUUAUUUAGGUUUUUGUUGUUGUUGUUGUUGUUCCAGACAGGGAGGGCUUCUUUGUAUAGCUCUGGCUAUCCUGAACUCACUCUGUAGACCAGGCUGGCCUCGAACUCACAAAGAUCUGCCUAACUCUGUCUCCUGAGUACUGAGAUUAAAGGUGUGUGCCACCACUGCCCAGCUUUAUUUAGUAUUUUUUAUAUUGACAGGGAGGUAAAGAUUUUAGGUGGCACAGUUGCCUGAAGCUUAAUUAUUUGCUUUAAAUUAAAAAAUUACUAAGAUGUGUAUUUGGAUCUGAUGGGUUUCUUUCCCACCAGAGUUGUAAUUAAUUUUGGCAUUUGUAAAGACAGUGAAGAACAUAUUGGAACCAGUCAUCUGGGUAGAUGCUGAGACUCUUUCUGAUUAUCUUACAAUAAAUGUCUUUGGCUAAACAUGAAUGAAAGAUAAGUAAAAUGAACACAUUAAAUUUUUAAAAAAUAGAAUAUUAUCAAGAUCACAAUCACAUCUUAACAACCUUGUCUACUUGUAAAAGCUGCCUUCACAGAAAAUUCUGGCACUAACCCAGAUUACAUUAUAUAACUCCAAUUUCUUUUACUGUAACUAUGUCAUCAACUUGAAUGAGACUAAUUUUUGGAUAGAAUAAUUUGGAUGUUUCCUGAAGUAUAAUCAGCAUUUCUAGUUCGAGGUACCAUUGAACUAAUCAAUUUGUUUUAUGCUUGAUUUGUUGUUUUGUUUUGUUUUCAAGACAGGGUCUCCCUAUGUAGCCCUGGUUGGCCUGGAACUCGCUAUGUAGAACUCACAGAGAUCUGCCUCUCUCUCUGUUUCCUGAGUGCUAGGAAUAAAAGUGUCCAAUACAAAGCCCAGCCUUUACACUUGUGUUUUGAGACAGGGUUUCACUAUUUACCCCAGGCUGUCCUCAAAUAUGCUAUGUAGCUGAAGAUAGGCUUGAACUCAAUCCUCCUGCCUCAGUCACCUGAGCGUUAGGAUUACAAGGAUAAGUCACAAUGCUGGCAAUACCUUUCCUCUUGAUAACAGUUUCUGUGUAUUUGAUUUUGGUUUUCAUGGUAUCUUCUGCAUUUUUUCAAGAGUUCAUAAAGCACUGAGCUUGAUGGAGAUAAUGGAUAGAGUGUAUGCACAGGAUGGUGGUGCCCAGAAUGUACAUGCGAUAUGAAUCUGCUGACUCCUCAGACAGCUAUUCAGAAAUCGUGAUGUGGGAUGUCUAGUUUAAGCAGCACAGACACCACUGCACUAAUGCAGAGCUCGUAAACGUCAGGGCAAAGCAGGAGGAGAUGGCUUAUUAGGCAUGUGAUGUUUUUAUCCAAUGCCACGGUUGAACUUUCCCAGAAAUGCAGAAAAAGCAUAGUGGAAGCUGAGUAUGUUCAUGAACUGUUUGAGCAACACAUCUAAAAAUGACAGAAAUACAAAAUGAAACUUAAAAUCAUACUUGGUGCCUGAGGCUCACACCUUCUUACCUUUGCUAAUAAACCAAUGCUAAAAAGAACAAUUGGAAGGAAAAAGAAUAAAAACAUCUGUAGAAGUUC